GUCGACGGAUAAUUUUUAACUUUUCCGCACGCGUCGGAUGGUGGCGGUGGUGAAGGUGGCGCCAAGCCGCACCCCACAGUCCACCCACUGUCCGGACUCCUCCCACUGUCCGAACCACCUGGAAGACACAAUGCCCACCGCCCUAUUCCACUUCCACCACCUCCUGUCCAGCAAGAAAGUCUCCUCAAUCCGGUCACUAACACGAUCACUGGGUCUCGGCGCGGUCUACAAGCGGGGCUACCCGGGGCUGCUGCUGAUCUCGGGCGCGAACGUGGACGACGUCAAGGCCCUCGUCAAGGUCGUCAAGGCCAUGCGCUGGCAGAGCUGCAGCUUGUGUGGAGGCGGCAUCCGCGAGGAUAUGCAUGUCGCAUUUGAGGCGAGAGGCGCGGAGGAGGUGGACGCUGUGAGGGAUGUGGUUGCCGCUGCGAGGACGGGCGGGGGAGUGGAGGUCGAGGGGUGGGUUAAGAGGGGAUUGGGGUUGGGAAAGGAGGAGUAGAUAAACAGACAAAAAGAUGAGCAGAGAAACAGAGAAACAGAUGGCUAAUGGAUGAGUGAUGAGUGAUCGCAGAUGAACGUCGUUGCGCGUGAAAUACAACCCAAGUGACUGGAGACCGUAUCGUAAAGACAGCAAAAAAAAAACAACCGAACGCCGACCAAAGAAACCCCCACACCCCGCCUACUCCUCCACCGGCAUCUUCUCCCUCCUUUCCCUCGCCGCUUGCUCCUCCCUCUCCCUCUUCUCAAUGACAUAGUCGGCCGCCAAAACCGCCUUCUCAAGCCUCCCCCCUACCUCCGGCACCGUGCCCUUAAGCCUCUGCAGCGCCUCCGUCGCCCUCCUCCUCGUGCUCUCAACCUCCUCCCUCCUAUCCACGUCCCUCACCAACCCCGCACCCUCCCCAUCCC